UGAUCCGGUCCGGCACCGAGGGAGGAAGGAAAGGGUGGCUUGAGGGGCGGAGGCGGGAUGUGAGGACUCCGGCGAAAGGGACCUUAGGGACACCCCCAGGCCACGAGAAAAGGAGGGGCCCAGCUCUUGCUUGGAAAGGAUAAACUUGAAACCCUUGGAGAAGGCGCUAGGUUAGGGAGCCUAGCCAGGACUGGCCUUCGGGAGCGUCAGGGAUGCGGUUCGGACUGCUGACGUGAAGAUGAGCAGCUCAGAGGAGGUGUCCUGGAUUUCCUGGUUCUGUGGGCUGCGUGGCAAUGAAUUCUUCUGUGAAGUAGAUGAAGACUACAUCCAGGACAAAUUCAAUCUCACUGGGCUCAAUGAGCAGGUGCCUCACUAUCGACAAGCUCUAGACAUGAUCUUGGACCUGGAGCCUGAUGAAGAGCUGGAAGACAACCCCAACCAGAGUGACCUGAUUGAGCAGGCAGCUGAGAUGCUUUAUGGAUUGAUCCACGCCCGCUAUAUCCUCACCAACCGUGGCAUCGCCCAGAUGUUGGAAAAAUACCAGCAGGGAGACUUUGGCUACUGCCCGCGUGUGUAUUGUGAGAACCAGCCAAUGCUUCCUAUCGGCCUUUCGGACAUCCCAGGAGAGGCCAUGGUGAAGCUCUACUGUCCCAAGUGCAUGGACGUGUACACACCCAAGUCAUCAAGGCACCACCACACGGACGGCGCCUACUUCGGCACUGGUUUUCCUCACAUGCUCUUCAUGGUGCACCCCGAGUACCGGCCUAAGCGGCCCGCCAACCAGUUUGUGCCCAGGCUCUACGGUUUCAAGAUCCAUCCGAUGGCCUACCAGCUGCAGCUCCAAGCCGCCAGCAACUUUAAGAGCCCAGUCAAGACGAUUCGCUAAUUCCCCACCCCCGUCCCUCAGUCUUUGACACCUCUAUUUCUUUGCUGCCACCCUGUCGGCAACCCUCUGUGGUUUUUAGUUUAAAUUAAAGGAGUCAUUAUUGUGGUGGGAAUAUGAAAUAAAGUGGAAGAAAAGGC